GGCGGCACAGGGCAGCGUUGUGACGGGGGAAGAGGCCCUGUUCUCCGCGGAGGACAUGAGAUAGCGGAGAGGCAGAGGUUGAUCCUCGAGAAGAGACGUACUUUGUCCAGAGGAGGUGAGAUGAUGAAUCCUUUCUGGAGCAUGUCGUCGGCAUCUGUAAGAAAGAGAUCAGAUAAUGAAGAGAAGAUUGGAACCGGAGACCAAAAAAUCAGCCCUCCCCGGUCCUCAUCAAACAAAAAGCAGCUCCCUACGAUCCCGAAGAAUGCAGUCCCCAUUACCAAACCUAUUUCUCCAGCCCCGGCUGUACAGUCCACAAACGGGACACACGCCUCCUAUGGCCCCUUCUACCUGGAGUAUUCACUGCUGGCAGAAUUUACGUUGGUGGUGAAACAGAAGCUCCCUGGGGUCUAUGUGCAGCCGUCCUAUCGCUCUGCAUUAGUGUGGUUUGGAGUCAUAUUCAUAAGGCAUGGACUGUACCAGGUACCAGGACGGUGUAUUUAAGUUCACUGUAUACAUCCCUGAUAAUUAUCCCGAUGGGGAAUGUCCGCGUCUUGUGUUUGACAUCCCCGUCUUCCACCCUCUCGUUGAUCCCGUUUCAGGAGAGCUGGAUGUGAAAAGAGCGUUUGCAAAAUGGAGGAGAAACCACAAUCACAUAUGGCAAGUGUUGAUGUACGCAAGACGGAUUUUCUACAAAAUCGACACAACCAGCCCAUUGAAUCCAGAAGCUGCGGUACUAUAUGAGAAGGACGUACAACUCUUUAAGAGCAAAGUGGUAGACAGUGUUAAACUAUGCAACAGCCACCUUUUCGAUCAGCCGAAGGUAGAAGACCCCUAUGCAAUAAUGUUUUCUCCUUGGAAUCCAGCAGUACAUGACGACGCCAGAGAAAAAAUGCUAGCGCAAAAAAAAUCAGAAGAGAACAAGACCCUUCACGUGUCCGGCCUGUCCUGGGUGAAGCCGGGAUCCGUCUUGCCAUUCAGCAAAGAGGAGAACGCACUGCAAACCUAG